AUUGAGAAAUAUCUGCUGCCAGCAUCUUUAAAAUUACCAUUAUUAUUAGCGUUAAUCAUCUACGCUAUCCCACAUGCUGUAUGAGAUUCAUACACCGUGUGUCUCCGGGCUCUGAGAAAUGUAAACAUGUGUUGAUGUGCGGCUGAAUGUUGAGUAUUCUCCUGGAUCCUCCAGAAAUGAGUCUUCCAGCUCUGCAGAACAGUGCGGUUUUCUACCGGAGGAUCAUCAACCGUUUCCCGCAGGACUUCAGCCUGGCCUUCGCUUAUGGAUCUGCAGUUUUCAGGCAGACCGGCAGCUCUCAAGGCCACAUGGCGAAGAACAUGCUGGACUUUGUGUUUGCGGUGGACGAUCCCGUGACGUGGCACACCAUGAACCUGAUAGAGAACAGGAAGCACUACUCCUUCCUCCGCUUUCUGGGGCCCAAACAGAUCAGCAGCAUCCAGAGCGACUACGGAGCCGGAGUUUACUUCAACACGCUGGUGCCUGCUGAAGAUCGGUUGAUCAAGUACGGUGUGAUCAGCACAGAUGCUCUGAUCGAUGAUUUACUCCACUGGAAAACGCUGUAUGUUGCUGGACGAUUACACAAACCUGUUCGAAUCCUGCUGCAGAGUGAGAAUGGGAAUCUGCGCUCGGCUCUUCUGGGGAACCUGAAGAGUGCUGUGAUCGCUUCAUUCCUCAUGCUGCCAGAGAGCUUCUCUGAGGAAGAGCUGUACCUCCAGAUAGCAGGACUCUCCUACUCUGGUGAUUUCAGGAUGGUGUUUGGAGAGGAUAAAUCCAAGGUCUCCAACAUUGUAAAAGACAACAUGCAGCAUUUCCGUCAGUUAUAUAACCGUAUUCUGCAGGAGUGCCCGCAGGUGGUGUACAAGCCUCAGCAGGGCCGGCUGGAGGUGGACAAAAGCCCCGAGGGUCAGUUCACGCAGCUGAUGGCUCUCCCGCGCACGCUUCAGCAGCAGAUCACACGCUUGGUGGAUCGGCCGGGGAAAAACCGAGACGUGGAGGAGAUUCUGCUGCAGGUGGCGCAAGAUCCAGACUGCGGAUCCGUCGUACAGCAGGGGAUUUCUUCAAUUGUGAAAUCCUCCAGCAUCACUCAGAGUGCCAAAGGAAUCGCCACCGCAGGU